UCUUUUACUCUAACCAAAUUUCAUUCUUCCUUAACAAACGCCAUCAAAAAAAUCUCAUCUUUCACCCAAAAUUCCUCCAAAUUUAAAAUCCCCAAUGUAAUUCAAACACUUAAUCUUGAAAUCAUUUCAAAAAUUCAUCACCCAGAUCUUUACAAAACUAAUCCCACAUCAAAUCCCUCAAAACCCAUCUCAAAUUUCUAGGGUUUCUGAAAGUAAUAAAAACAGACUGAGGGAAAAAAACAGGGGAAAAUGUCGGGGAAAGAAGAUAUGCCGGAAGGGACGGUGCGAAAUGUAAUGGAACAAGAGAAUUUGAAGUGGGUUUUCGUUGGUGGAAAGGGGGUGAUGGGAAAACUACGUGUCGUUCGAUUCUUGCGAUCCUUUUGGCGUCUGUUAGAUCCUGUGUUCUCAUUAUUUCAACUGACCCUGCUCAUAAUCUUAGCGAUGUGUUUCAACAGAGGUUCACCAAGGCUCCUACUUUGGUUAUUGGCCUCACCAAUUUGUAUAGUCUUGCAUGUUUUUCCCUAUUCAGAAAUCAGGGUUUUUAGGGUAGCAAGUUUGGAACGUAUGACCUGCCAUCGGUCGGGGAAAGAGUGGAUGGAUAGGGUGGCCGUGAGGAGGGAGGAGACUGGAAAGGAAGGGUGGUGGUUAGAGCAGAGAGAAAGUGCAGAAGAAAGAGAACUUGGACAAAGAGAACAAAGUAUGUAAGUGUAUUCUGUUAGUAUAUAUAAAAAUAAAAAUAUUUGUAAAAUAAUAUCUAUAUCUAUAUCUAUAUCUAUACUAUAUUAUAAUGCAUGAGGCAAU